CCAGCUCGAUUUAAUCCCGCACAUUCCCGGCUUUCCCACUCUGGCGCUCACCUACACGGUCCCGCAUCCAAUCUCACCACCUCAGCCGCACACAACGCUGAGUAGCCAACCAUCAUAAUGUCUGCAUACUACCACUACAACGCCCACGCUGCGCAUCCUGCGCCUGUGUCGCACAACCACCAUGGCGGCCGAAAUCGCAGAGCUCCCCGCCUGUCCGUCUCCCAGAAUUCGCAGCGCCAGUUCCGCGGUGUUCGCAGUAUGAAGGAGCUCAACGAGACCGCCUCUCUCACAGCGUUCCGCACCAAGUUUGAGACAAGCCGCUCUUUCGACCUCGAGGACGACAUGGAAUUCUGCCCCAACCUAUUGACCGAGACCGACUUGGUCUCCAUCUCCAGUUCAUCAGAGCGCUCUUCACUAGCCAGCAACUCUCCCGACUCUUCUCCUACUCAACAACCUCAGACCGUCGCUCCUGGCUUCUCCCUCAGCUCCGCCUCUCCUCCUUUCAUUCCUCCCAGCUACCACCACCAGGGAAGCAUGAAACUUCACCAACCCGCCGCCACCCGGGGCCGCAACGCCAUUCCCAUUAUCAACCCAGCCACUGGUAUUACCAUGUCAAGCCCUCCUCACUCGGUGUCACCCGGCAGGAUGCAACAGUCUAUGCCUCGCCGAUGGUAGACGACGACGCGUCGCUCUCCGUAUCCCUGUGGGGUGCGGGAGCGAUCCGUGCGUUGUCGCCUUGGCGGUGCAUCUGGAACUGUAGAAUUACUGUCCAUUCAUUCGCAGCUGUUCAUCUUGGCGGGCACACCGAUUGACCGAGGCUUGAAUUGGCAUCAUCUUCUCUUGCGGGCUGGGUUCCUCGAGGCUUUUUCCGGGUUUCGACUGCUCGAUGCGGUCGACCCAGACUGUUGGCGACAACCAUCGACAACAACAAAUCACCUUUCCUCACCUGUAUAAAAAUCCUUAAUCGACAU